GCGGCCUAUAACCUUGCCAACGUGGCCUGUAAGUGCCACGGGGUCUCGGGGUCCUGCAGUCUGAAGACCUGCUGGCUCCAGCUGGCCGACUUCAGGAGUGUGGGCGAGUUCCUGAAGGAGAAGUAUGACAGCGCGGCGGCCAUGCGCAUUGGACGCAAGGGCAAGCUGGAGCUGGUAGAGAAGCGCUUCAACCCCCCCGGCCCGGAGGACCUGGUCUACACGGACCCCAGCCCGGACUACUGCCUCCGCAACGAGACCACGGGGUCCCUGGGCACGCAGGGCCGCCUCUGCAACAAGACCUCAGAGGGCAUGGAUGGCUGCGAGCUCAUGUGCUGCGGCCGAGGGUACGACCAGUUCAAGAUCUACAAGCACGAGCGCUGCCACUGCAAGUUCCACUGGUGCUGCUACGUCAAGUGCAAGCGCUGCUCCACCCUCGUAGACCAGUUUGUGUGUAAAUAGCACACAAGCGGAUGGGGGGGGGGAAGUUAAGUCUGAAUUUUCAGGGUUUUGUUCAGGAUAAUUUAAGACUUAAGAUCCAUUUUUUUUACCCUGCUCCAUUUAUGUCACCUGCUGUGUUCCAUCUAGAGGAAAGCAGCUAUGUGUCUGUGAGUAGCACAAUGAUGCAUAGCUACAGUGGAUGGGUAAAGAUUUAGAGGUGGACAAAAGGAGGAAGCACAGAGGAAUGGGAUUUGUUCCUCGCUUUUUGAACAACUUUUUAUUUGAUCAACUGAGAUUCCCCCUGCAUAAUAUCCUGAUCACAACCCUGAGUGAAGGAGGAAAGAAAAGAAGGACUAAAUGGAUGAAGGAUAUAAAGGACAAAUGGACACCUAUGACCAGUGUGAUAAAAGAUGAAAUAAAUAUAUUAAUAAAUAAUAAAUGAAUAUACAACUCUGAUUGUUAUUUAAAGAGACUCAAACAAACUGCAGGCACACUUUGGACCCAUACAACUCACUGGUUCAGGAGUCAUCAAAGUCCUCUUGGAGCUUGAAGCCAUGUGAGGGCUGAGCAGUGUCCCUGUGUCUUUCUUGGAACUUUAACCCUGCAAGAGAACUUCCUGCAGACGUGAGGUGUGCUGAUGUGUGGGAAACAUGCUCACAGAGGACACCCGAGAUGUCCAGAGUGACACGAAAGGAGGGAAUAGAGGGAAAAGGUUCAAGUACAAUGAGAAGGACUUUAUGAUGAUUUGUCAACAAAACACUUAAUCCUCCAGGAGACACAUGUUGGAGCAGACCUCCAGCAGCUGUGACCUGACCGUGUGUCUGCGCAGGUAAUGAGGCUCGCUGGUUGCAGCCAUCUUGGCUCCACGAACAUUUAAACAACGGCGUCCUUCAUCUGACAGUGAAGAGAGCGAGGCCUCCAUCAGUGAGAUGCAUGCUCUCUCUGCCUUAAUGAACCGCACUAAGAGACACUGCCAGUGGACCUGUUCAUCUCAUGUUGUUAUGCAGCUUGUCAACAAAAAGCCCUGUGGGGUCGACUCUAACAUUUUAUAAUUCUGUAUUACCAUGAAUUUUGCAAGAAUAUUUUAAGUGUAUAAUCUAAUCCAAUCAAUAGCAACCAUGAAGAUGACAGAGUGGACUGAACAUGCUGUGGGAAAUGAAUGUUUGAACGUGGAAAAACAGAAAGACUGCAAUUUAUUACUACUUUUAAACAAGUAGUAGAUCAGAGAAGAAGGUAUAUUUUAUUAUUGUGUUUCAUUUUCUGUUUUCUAUGUUUUAUA